AUCAGGUACGUUGACGGCUGGACGCUAUUGUAUUGCAUCAAUCAGUUUGUCGGCUACUCGCAUUUAUGAAUUAUGUGUGAUAGCCACUGUGAUCCUGUGUAACGCUUUGCUUUUUGAGUUUGCUAACCGUAUGUGCGCUGUACACUUUAAAUAAAAGUUGGUAGAGGACAGCAAAUAGUCAAAGUGCAUGAUGCUUUACAACGAAUAGGUAACUUAAGUACUUACUAGUCAAGUUUUCCAAUAUAAGAAUGCAGUGCGACUUCCGUGUAAUCAACUGACUUGGAAACAAACCAGUACCUAAUGAAGAUAAUGUCUCACGUGUUCCUUUUAAUAAUACCAUCCUCUCUAAUCAUAACAACAAGUGCAAACACAAAAUGCUCCAGCGAAACCACUCCCGUCGUCCCCAAAUAUUACAAAAUGGAAAAAUGCCAAAGGUCCAAACUUGGCGUUGCUGCAAAAGCCAACUACACCACUUUAACCAGCUGCCAGCGGCUUGGCAUCGAGAAGAAGGCGUUGGCUUUAAACUUCGUGCCACCGGAAGUGUUAAGAAAGACAGGGAAAAAGAAGAAGGAUAAUGAAAGUGAACCUCUGGAGUAUACGUGUGAGGUCCUGAAGUGUGCUGAGGUAGAUGGGGGUUUAUCUUUAGUCAAUGAUUCGAGAUAUGACUAUUAUAGCAUUUACGCUAAACCCGUUCUGCAUAUAAACUCUACAUGCAUCCCAGCCACCGGAAUGUUCUUCCUUACCCCCACCAAACUCAACUACACGGAUGCGCGCACCGCCUGUCGAAACAUGAGCGGGGUCCUAGCCGAUACGGCUAGCGAGCAACGGACGGAUGCUCUCGCGCAGAUGUUGGCCGGCGCGGGAGUGGAUGCGGCGCUUGUUGCGCUGCGGAGAAGCAAUGCUAGCAACAGCAUGUUUAUAGGAGCCAAUGGAGACUCGCUAGACUGCACGACGUACCGAGCCUGGGCGCCCGGGCACCCGCGGCGGCGACACGACAGGUUCAACUGCGUCGUAGUCACUCGCCAGAAGACCUGGAGGUCCACAUCCUGCAAGGACAAGUACCAAGCGCUCUGUGAGCUGAACCCUGGAGGACCUUAUAAGCGAGGCUCUUUAUUCUCCUCACUGAUGCCUCCUAACAGUGAGUAA